AUGGAAUCGCCGAAAGUGCUCAUUCAGGACGGAGAGUCAGAACCGAGUAGCUAUAAUGAAGCCCGUCAGUCAAAAUACUCCUCGAUUUGGGACAAGGCAAUAUCUGCAGAAUUUGGAGGCUUGUUAAGAGCAGGAACGUUCGCGUUAGCAGUAAAGAUUCCAAUAGGCUGUAACGUGAUAGAUGCGAGAUGGGUCUACAAAUGGAAAGCAAAUGAAACAGGCAAGAUACUGAAGGCCAAGGCUAGGCUUGUAGCGAAGGGCUUCAAGCAGAAGCAUGGUGUGGAUUAUUUUGAGACUUUCUCGCCUACUGCACAUGCUGCAUCGAUUCGUUUGUUGGUGGCAUUGGCGUGCAAGUAUGAUUUGGAACUUCUCCACCUUGACAUUGAGCAAGCGUUUGUUCAGUCGGAAUUGGAUCACGAGGUGUUCAUGAGGUUGCCUCCUGGCUGCGAUUCGAUGACAGGAAAGACCCGUGUUCUUCGUUUCAUGAUGGGAGACGAGGUGUUGGGUAUGAUUGCGAUUCAUGUGGAUGACAUUCUGUAUGCAGGAAUUGAGAGGCUUGCCAAGAUGGUUGUGGAAGCGCUAGGUGACUCUCUCCCCACGAAGAAUUUGGGCGAGGCCAGGUCCGUGAUGGAGGAGGAGGAGGCAGGGGGUGUGCCGUUCCGAGAGGUGGUGGGGAGCCUGAUGUGGAUCGCCAACCAGACGAGGCCCGACAUCUCAAAUGCUGUGCGGGCGGUGGCGAGGCACUCUCACGAGCCAAGGAAAAGCCACUGGAAGGCGGCCCAGAAGAUGCUAAAUUAUCUUCUGGAGACGGCACAUUAA